AAGAAUGUCAAAGAAUUUAUACGCUCAGCAAUCUAAGCUGCCACGCCUUCCAGUACCCGCACUUGAAGAAACUUUAGAAAAGUACUUGGAAUCAGCUAAACCGUUUUUAAGCACCGACGAGUUCAAGAACUCAAAACAACUUCUCGAUAGCUUCAAGGAUGGUCAAGGAAAGCUUUUGCAACAAAGACUGCUCAAGCGUGCAAGUGAGAAGGAAAGCUGGCUUAUCGACUGGUGGAAUUCACAGGGAUACCUAGAGCCACGUGAUCCUGUCACACCUUACUCGAAUUACUACUUCUACCAUCGUCAGCUUAUUGGCAAUAACCAACCACGCGUCGCUGCCAGUUUAAUUAAAGCUACACUCGCGUUUAAACAGUUAGUCGAUACUGAGGAACUUGAACCUGAGAAUAUCAAGGGUACUCCCCUUUGUACACACACUUACCAGUACUUGUUCAAUAGCACACGCGUUCCUCUUAGGGAUUCGGACAAAGUUGUUAAAUUUGAUCAAUCAAAUAAGCACGUUAUCGUCAUUUCAAACAACAGGUUCUUCAAAUUAGACGCUAGCAACCCAAACAACCUGGAAUCCCAAUUACAGCAUAUUAUUGACAUUUCAAGUGAUAAAAAAGGUGAUGCUAUCGGAUCACUUACGACGGAAAAUAGAGAUAUUUGGUCGGAUGCACGUCAUCACAUACAAUCAAUCUCAAAAACCAAUUCUGAGUCUUUAAAAGCUAUUGAUUCAGCUUCUAUUAUCGUAGCACUCGACGAGAGCGCUCCUAUUAGUCGCGAUCAAGCUAGUUGGGGUGCUUGGGUAGGCGACGGUCGCAAUAGAUGGUUCGACAAGCAUCAAAUUAUUGUUUACAAGAAUGGAAAAUCAGCCUUCAAUGCCGAACAUUCUGCGAUGGACGGUAUGAUCACGCUCCGCCUUAAUGAAUUCAUCAUGGGUGCUUUGGCCAGUAAGAAAAUAUCACUCGGUGAAAGUACUCCGGUAAAGCAAUUAGAAGUUGAGGAGUUGAAAUUUGAGCUUGAUAACAAAGCACGUGAAUAUAUCGCAAACGCAGAGAAACAUCAUGAUGCUAUCAUGGGUGCACACACUAUGGAUGUAAUUCAAUACGAUGGUUAUGGAUCUAAUCUCAUAAAAUCCAAGAAGAUCUCUCCAGAUGCAUGGGUUCAAAUGGUUAAGCAACUUGCAUUUUGGAAACUUCGUGGUCGUGCUCCAGGUGUGUAUGAAAGUUGCCAAACUCGCAAGUUCCUGUAUGGACGUACCGAAGUUAUCCGACCAACAUCGAACGAGAGCACUGAAUUUGUAAGGCUCAUGAGGGAUUUUAAUGCUAGUGAUGAUGCUCGUAUUAAUGCACUUCAUGCAGCAGCCAAACGUCAUCUGACCUACGCAGGUUGGGCAGCCAAUGGGGUGGCUGUUGACAGACACAUCUACGGUCUCAAGAACUGCUUGAAAGAAGGAGAAGAGUUACACCCAGCUCUGAAGGAUGCCGCUUUAGCAAGAUCGAACAAAUGGGAACUGAGCACUUCACAGCUGAGCUCACCAUUCUUUGAUGGAUGGGGAUAUAGUGAAGUCGCAGCUGACGGUUUCGGGUUAGCCUAUUCCAUCCAAGACAAGUCGAUUAGAUGGACGAUCACUUGCACUAACGGAGAAGGGAAGGACCUCGGACAUUGCCUUACAGAGUCAGCAAAUGAAUUGAGAGAGUUAAUGGAGAAGGCGUAAAAUUUUGUAAAAUAAUUAAUUUGAUUUGUUAUGCGG